UAUUCAAAAAAAAAAAGAAAAAAAAGAAAAAAGGCAGGACAAAAGCAAAGAAUGAUUCUUUCCUCUACAAUAGUUUCUUCAUUCUUUCUAGAUACAAAUUAUAUUUAAAAAUUAUUGCUAUUUGCCCUCUUUCGGCACCACGGUCUCGACAUCGCUGUUCUUGGAACGUCCAUUGAAGUUUUUAUUCCCGUUGACACAAUCCAGAAUGUCACAUUCCUCAUUAGACUUUGCAAGAGACUUUUUUCUGACAAUGAGCAAUUUCUUCCACAAUUUUAAGGUCCAAACCAAAUAUGGAACACAAGCAGGUGCCGCAGCAUCAGGUUUCAUCAUCUCGGGCAUUGGUCUCGUGUUGAUUUAUGUCUUUACUCAGAUUAUAAAGGAGAAAAAUGAUCAGCGUGUUUUUAUAAGGUCAAUAUCCAUGGGAGCUCUACAUGAUGGCAAACUAGCCAUGAAAAGAUUGCUUCAAUACCACAAAAUGAGAGCAACCCCAAAAAAGAAAAAUACAUAUCUGGAGAAGUUUGAGAAACUGAUCAACACAGACACAGACCGUCCUAAUUUCCCCAAGCUCCAGAGCAUUUUGGCAAAGCUGGAAAUGAUAGGACAAGAAGAUAAAGCUAUUGAAAUAUUAAAAAGAGCAGCAAGAGAAGCUAGGGAGAAUUCACGUCCAUACCAUGAAUAUGAAUAUCAGAUGCUUCUCGUGGAAGCACUCAUUUACAAGGGAAACUUUGCCGCGGCAGAAAAAGUUCCAUGCUUAAAUAACAAUGACGCUUCAGAUGUUCGACGCUCAUUAUAUAAGGCUAUAAUUCAACUGCUGCUGAAUAAUACCCAGAAAGCAGAAGAAGAAUGGGAAGAGUUUAAGAAUAUGAGAAGCCACUUCCUCUUACCACCUGACGUUAAAGACUCUCAGUUUCACACUCUCUUGGCCGAUUUCCAGAGCUUUAAACAAGUCGUCAACGUGCUCAAAAAAGACAUUUUUGAGAAGCAGAAAGCAAAAUAAUAGGGGAAAAAGGAAAAUGGGCAUCCAAACAAGCCCUCUAAUUAUAACUAUUUUCUUUCUUGGAAAUACAUUUUACAGUAAUUACGUGUGCUAUGCGUAGAAUAUGAAUAAUUGAACAACUCCCUAAUAACAAAAAUAAAAUGGAGAAUAAUGUGUUGUAGGCUAAA